UCUGCGACUUUUAGGGCAGAAUAUGCGUGAGACUUAACUCUUUUGAUAUUACAGCAAGUAGUAAGAGCUGGGCUUUAAAAUGUCGGUUUUUCACGACGAGGUCGAAAUCGAGGACUUCGAAUAUGACGAAGAAACAGAAACGUAUUACUUUCCGUGUCCCUGUGGAGACAGAUUUGCUAUCACGAAGGAGGAUUUAGAGAACGGUGAGGAAGUGGCCACGUGUCCAAGCUGCUCGCUGAUUGUUAAAGUAAUUUAUGACAAGGAGCAGUUUAUGUGUGGGGAAGUCAUUGAUGCACUGCCUGCGUCGGAAACAAAACUGGAGGUGGCCCAGAGAUGACGGCUCAUCAGAUCUAAAUCUAGGCCUAAAGGUUGUUCCUGUGUAAUGAACGUUGGACCUGAAACCCUUAGAUGAUAUAGAAUUGUAGAGCCAUUGUUGAAGGAAAUAUCCUUCUCUUCUCAUGGACUCAAGACACUUGCAACAGCAGCAUUUUGCACAUGGACUAUUAGUUUUAUAAAUUAUAUAAACAUAUUUGUUAAUACUG